AUGGAGGCUGUCGUGAGCGAUGUUGUCGCUCCGGAGGAUCUUCUAAAAUUUGAGAAGAAGUACAACAAUGAGCUGCUAAAAGGAGCCGUGUCCAAAGAGACUAAGUUUGAGUACGCGUGGUGCUUGAUCAGAAGCAAAUACACGGACGACAUCAAGAAAGGAACUGUGCUUCUGGAAGGUGAGCUCAUGACAGUCAAGCGUUCUUGA